AUGAGUACAUGGCAACAAAUCGGCUAUCUGGUUAAAAAAAAUUUGUUGAUCAGUGUGAGAAACAAAGAGUUCCUCGUUGAGUCUAUUUUACCAAUUGUUGUGGCAGCAAUGCUUUCAUUAAAAGCUCAAAUAUAAGCUAUUUAGUAAUUGAUGCCUUUGCUAUAUUGUCUUGCAUUGAAUUCUACAUAAAGAUCUAUGAUGAUUAAGCUGGUAGAAGAGAAAAGUAAAAGGUAUAAAGAAUUAUAGAAAAUUAUGGGCAUGAAAGAUAACGCAUAUCUUUUCGGUUGGUUAAUAACUGGUUAUAUAAGAAUUGCAAUUGUAAGUGUACUUAAUAUAUUCUAGUCAUUAAUAAUAUUUGAAGUCUGCUGGUAUGUGUGUAACAUUAUAUUUAAUAUUGAAUGGGAUGAAGAAUUUCAUGUAUCUUUUCUAUCUAUGUUGUGGCCAUACGUAUUAUUUGCUUUCGCCGCUAUGAAUUAGAAUUUUUUUUUAUCCAGUUUGUUCAAUGAAGUUAAAAUUGCUGGAGAGAUGCAAUCAUUUAUUUAGGUGGCUUUCACUUUUUUCAUAUAUUUCUCUUUUGUAGCUAAAUUGGCUAACAAGACGAUAUUUUACAUUAUUUUGACUCUCAUAAGUCCAUAAUGUGGAAUAGCCUUCUCAUAUAUAUCAGCAAUCAAUAGUUCAAGUGGUAAUGACUUAACGAAAUUGAAUUUAUUCCCUACUGAUAUCAUAAGUAGUACAUAUCCAACUUAGAUGGCUGGAAUCCAACUGGGAGUUUAACUAGUUGCAUAUUUUAUAUUGUUUUUAUAUUGUGAAUAGGUAGUUCCAAAUGAAUAUGGAAUAGCUAAGCACCCAUUAUUUAUAUUUGGAGUCUCUUCUCAGAAAAAAGCAAAAGUCAGAUAAAUUGACCCUGAAGCUAAUUUGGCACUUAACAAUAGUGAUACUCCUUUAAGUUCUGCUAUGUACACAGAGGAAAUAAAAAUGAAUAAAUCACCAAGCAUAACAAUUUAGAACUUGUUGAAAAAGUUUGGAGAUUUGAAUGCUGUAAAUAAUUUGAGUCUCGCUUUAUAUGAAUCCCAAAUAUUCUGUUUACUUGGACAUAAUGGAGCUGGCAAGACUACAGCCAUUAGUCUAUUGACAGGAAUGAUUCAAAAAACUUCAGGUUAAGUGACCAUGUAUGGGAUGAAUUUGGACAGACAGUUAUCUGAUAUAAGAAAAUCAUUAGGAUUAUGUACUUAGAAAGAUUGUUUGUACAAUGAAUUAACAGUGAAGGAACAUUUACUAUUCAUCAGUGGUAUCAAGGGAAGAAUUGACAAAGAGGAAAUGAUCCUUAUUAUGAAGACAACUGAAUUAUUAGAUGAAUAAGAUAAAUAAGUGUAAGAACUUUCAGGAGGUUCAAAAAGAAAAUUAUCUUUGGCUAUGAGUUUGGUUGGAGAUUCAAAAAUCAUAUUUUUAGAUGAACCAACUUCAGGGAUGGAUGCUUAUGCGAGAAGAUCAAUUUGGAAUAUUUUAGAGAGGAUUAGAGAAGAUAAGAGAACUAUCAUAUUGACUACACAUCAUCUAGAUGAAGCAGAAAUACUAGCUAAUAGAAUUGGAAUAAUGUCAAAAGGUCAAUUAUUAGCAGUAGGAUCAUCGGAUUACAUAAAAAGGAAAUUUGGGGAAGGAUAUAAUUUAAAAUUAUCAUUCGAUGAUGCAAAUCUAAGAAACACAAUCUAAGAGAAGGUUUAUUAAAUGGUUCCUAAUAGCUAUUUAGAAUCAGAACACUCUAAUAAUAAUAAACUUGUAUUCAAUAUUCCAUUUUCAUCUAAAGGCAAAUUAAGUGAUUUAUUUUAUAAUUUGGAAUCGUUAGAUGUUAAAAUUGGUUUAGAGAUGAAAACCUUGGAGGAUGCCUUUGUAAAAAUUGGACUUGAGGAUGAAAAGACCCACUUGAAUGAUGCCAGAAAGAGUGAAAUCAAAAUUGCUAAAUAAAGUAUGGGAAUUCCAGAGAAUACCGAAGACGCAGAAGAAUUUGAAAAGGAAUAUUAAGAUAUCCUAGAAGAAGGGUAAAACGCUGAAGAUGACCAUAAUGUCACAGAGUUUCAUUAGGAAAAACAACUACUUUAAGAUGUCCCAGAAUGCUUAAAAAAUGAACCUACUUAUAAAUUUUCAUCACAAUUACUAGCUAUCUUUUUAAGAAGAUACUAUACUGUGAUCAGAACUAGCACUAAUUACUUCUCCAUCAUAAUCCCAAUGAUUACUUUUGUUUUAGGUAUGAGUACAGUAGCUGGUGUAGAUUUUGAUGAAUUAUUACAUAAUGUAUUCCCUGAUAUGGACAUUGAAAAUUUAUCAGAAGCUGUAGAAUUUUUUAAGAUUUCAUUGCUUGCUAGUUGCAGUGUGUUGGCAUUUUGUUUUAAUGCAACUGUCUACAUAUCAUAACCAGUCUUAGAGAAAGAGACUUACUUAAAGUAAGCCUUAAUAGGAAUGGGAUGCAGAUCUUUUCCGUACUGGUUUGGUACUUUAAUCUUUGACUAUAUGGUAUACUUAUGUUACGUAGCCUUAUUUUAUAUCAUUUCGGCCUUAUUGAAAUUAGAUAUAGCAUUUAAAUAUUGGAUGACAGGAUUAUCAUGUUACUUACUCUUUGGGUUCAGUUAUAUUCUCUUUGCUUAUCUGAUGGGAUUUUUGUUUAAAACUCUGGAGAACGCAUUAAAAUUAUAUGCAAUGUUUUGCUUUUUUGCUAACUUUUGUGUUCCUUUUAUUGUAAUAGCUUUUGUUGAUUUCUUUUAUUAGGAGUUCAAUAAUGAAAUUGCCAAAUAAUUCAUAUAUAUAUUUUAAGUGCUCUUUGUAGUUGUAUCUCCAUUUUAUGCCUUUUUUGAAGCUUGCACAUUUUUAGCAGAUAAUUUUUAAAAAAUUUAUGAUUUAAAUCUAUACUCUACUCCAUAACUAAUUCAAAGAACUUAUAUAUUCCAAUUAAUCUUACUUGGGUAAAUCAUCAUUCAAAUAUUAAUCCUUUAUCUAAUCGAAUCAAAAAGUCUAACUGUCCCAAGAGGCAACUCAAAUUAAAAACCAUUAACAGAUCAAUUAGAAUAAGAAGUCCUAGAAGAAAGAACUAGAAUUCAAAAAUCUAAAAAAUACGACCCCAUAGUUUGCAAAUUUUUAGAAAAGGAAUACAUUAAGGAUAAACCAACAUUAUAACAGUUAACAUUUGGCGUUAAGAAGGGCGAGAUAUUUGGAAUUAUAGGUCCCAAUGGUGCAGGUAAGUCUACACUUAUCAACGUAUUUACUGGAAUCAACUCUCCCACUAAAGGACUUGCUUUAAUAAAGGGAGUCGAACCUAAUCAACGCAAUCAAAAGGUUAUGUAACAUGUAGGCAUUUGCCCAUAAUUUGAUUGUAUUUGGGAGAAUCUAACCCCAAUAGAGCAUUUACAACUCUUUGGUAGAAUCAAAGGAUUAUCUGGAUAGGAUCUUUCAUAAGCAGUGAAGUACUUUAUCAAGACUAUGUAAUUGAACUUAUUUGUAAAGACAAAGGCAGGGUAAUUAAGUGGAGGAAAUAAGAGAAAACUCUGUGUUGCAGAUGCCUUGAUAGGAGGAAGUGACAUUACCUUUUUUGAUGAACCCAGUACAGGAGUCGAUCCUAUCUCAAGGAGAUUUCUCUUUAAUACUCUUUAGAGAAAUAUUCGAUUGAGAAAUUGUUCUGCUAUUAUGACUACUCACACAAUUGAAGAGGCUGAAAGCUUAAGUCAACGCUUGGGAAUUCUAAUUGCUGGACAAUUUAAAUGUUUAGGAACUCCAUAGUACCUUAGACAAAAAUAUAGCAAAGGAUAUCAAAUUGAGAUUAAGCAUAACAAUAAUGAACAGACCUAAGAUAUAGCUGAGUCAGUUGCUAAAAUGUUUCCAAACUCAUAAAUGAUGGAAGAUAAAAGGACUGGAUUCAUGACCUUUAAGUUUGAUGAUGAAGAUUUCAGUUUUUAUAGAACAUUCUAAUAUUUUGAAACGCUGAUAAAAGAGAUGCUAAUUGAAGAUUUUCAAAUUAAUGAAAAUUCACUUGAGCAUAUAUUUAUUCAUUUGAGUAAGAUCUAAUAGGAGAUUAAUGAGAAAGAGGGUUUAGUAUAUGAUUGA